AUGACUUUUGAAAAUGCCGAAAGACUCCUGAUCACAGCACCGAUCCGCUCUGUUACAGUGACUGUCUGCACUCGGACAAUGACACCAACUCUCCUAUUGUGGAUCCUCCUCUUAAAUGCCUCGCUCGAGCCCUCAGAAAGCCAUGGAAGCCAUGGGUUUGAGGAGGUGAAGGACUAUGAGGUGGUUCGCCCCAUCAGACUUCACACUGUCAGAAAAAGACAAGCAGAGUACCUCAGACCACAGGCAAUAAAGUAUGGAAUGACGGUGGGAGGAAAACAUAUUGAAAUGCAACUAGAGAAAAAUGACGAAUUACUCACCAAUGAUUACACUGAGACUUAUUAUCAAGAGGAUGGGACUCAAGUCACCACAAGCCCCGAUGACAUUGAUCACUGCUACUAUCAUGGGAGGAUUGUGAAUGACAGCAAGUCAUCUGUUAGCCUGAGCACUUGUGAUGGACUCAGGGGUUACUUCAGAACAUCUGCCCAGAAGUACCUGAUCGAGCCCCUGUCAGGAGACGAUGAGGGUGAUCACGAGGUGACGACGUUCACGGAGGCGAACUACCCUCCUGCAGUGUGUGGUGUCACUAACACCAGCUGGAAUGACGACUUUGAACCCCCAACAAGCCGCAGCCGCUCCAGAGCAGCAGGUAUAUCGAUUGUCCAGCAGCAGAAAUACCUUGAGCUCUUCCUUGUUGCUGAUAACCGUGCGUAUGUGAAGAUGAAGAGAGAUAUGACAGCGCUGAGAAAGAGGAUAUUUGAAAUUGUCAACUUCGUCAACAUGGCCUAUAAGCCCAUGAGGACCUUCAUUGCUCUGGUGGGACUCGAGGUCUGGUCCAACAGUGACUUGAUGAGCGUGACCCACCCAGCCGGGGCCAACCUGGACGCUUUCAUGAGGUGGAGGAACUCUGAGCUGGUCAAGAGGAAGAAGCAUGACAACGCACAUCUCAUCAGUGGCAUUGACUUUGAAGGAUCAACAGUGGGACUGGCUUUCAUCGGGACUCUUUGCUCUGGUCACUCUGUUGGGGUUGUUCAGGAUCACAAUGACCGGGCCAUUGCAGUGGGAGCUACACUGGCUCAUGAGAUGGGCCACAACCUGGGCAUGGACCAUGACGACUCCAGUGCCUGCUCCUGUGCUGGAGACAGCUGCAUCAUGGCUGCAGCCCUCAGCUGGAACGUUCCUCGCACUUUCAGCAGCUGCAGUGGCAACAACUAUGAAAGGUACCUGAUAAGCCGCAGCCCCAGCUGUCUGCUAGACAAACCGGACUACAUGACUGUGGUGGCUCCUGCCGUCUGUGGGAACGGCUUCAGGGAGAAAGGAGAGCAGUGCGACUGUGGAACAGUGGAGGAGUGUACCAACCCAUGUUGCAAUGCUACCACCUGUGCUCUGAAGGACGGCUCACAGUGUUCUGACGGUGAAUGCUGCGAGAACUGUAAGAUCCUGCCUCGCUCCAGGGAGUGCCGCAGGAAGCAGGAUGAUUGUGAUCUGGCAGAGUACUGUGAUGGCAGGAGCAACGAGUGCCCAGAGGAUGUGUUCGCUGUGAACGGCAUCCCGUGUGAUGGAGACCUGGGAUACUGCUUCAACGGCCACUGUCCGCAGAGGCCAAACCAGUGUGUCAAGUUUUACGGAUCAGGUGCUAGAGAGGCUAGAGAGAGCUGCUACAACCACAACACCCGAGGAAUCUACUACGGCUUCUGCAAACGUCUCUCAAAGGAUCAGUACAUCCCCUGUCAGGAAGAAGACAAGUUGUGUGGGAAGCUCUUCUGUCACGAUGGUAACGAAAACCCAAACUAUGGCCGCAUGGUAAGGAUCGGGGAUUGCAAGGCAACUUUCUAUGACGACUACACUAAAGACUACGGCCAGGUCGACACUGGGACAAAAUGUGGGGAUGGAAAGGUGUGCAGCCAGAAUCAGUGUGUGGAUGUGGUCACAGCUUACAGAAACACAAACUGUUCUGCAAAAUGCCCAGGCCACGCUGUAAGUGUAUCAAACCAGCACUGCUCUGAGGCCAGUUCCUCCACCAAAAGUCUGAUGUCUGACAGUGCCACCUUCAACCAGACCUGGGGAGACUCACCUUUGUCCACUGUCUCCACCAAGAGGCUCCAGGCAGUCCCGGGGAACAGAGACAGUUCAUAUUGA